AUGGCGGAGACUGCCAAACACGACUGGCGAGCUAUGGAACUAUAUAUUAAAGCUAUAGGACGUCAGCAUCGCCGGUGGACCCACGGAAACCCUUCCUGGGUUUCAUGGUCCAGCGGUGCGCGACUCCUCGGCGUGCCAGGACGAAAACCCCGGAGGGUCUGCCGAUUCUUUCAGGUUUUCGAUUCCUCGGCGACGGAGGACGCAGACGCGCCAAUGUCGGGAUUUCCAGGAGGAAAACCGUGA